CAUAAAAUAAAAACGAAAUUUUGUUUUCGUUAUCCGUUAGUUCUCUCCGGUUACUCAAAUCCUCUGUUAGGUCUGGACUUCGAAUCUUCCUUUUGCCUUGCCCUGAACAGCGUCAAUUUGAAAUCUCUAAACCCCAGACUCAAGCUUCACUCUUCGUCCGAGCGGCAAUCGAACCCGAUCCCUCUUGCGCGCGCUCAUGCCCCUCUACCUUUGUCCUGCAAUUUGAACACGAUCCCUAACUCAGCAAUUGAACUCAUUCGUGAGCUUCAAACUCGCGCUUCAUUCUUCUUCCAAGCUUCAAUCUGUAUAUGGGCUUGUUCUAGUGUGUCGGAAAGAACAAAAAAGUGAAAUUAGUGUUCUUUCUUCUCCUCCCUCCCCCCCUCCCUCACUUAUCCUCUUACUCGAAAGCGGGGUUGGGCCAUGUCAGUUCGAACUUGAAAGAUUCGUUGAAAGAUUCAGUUGGUUUCUCUCCGUGCAAUAUUCUUGCCUCUCUUGUUGAGUCUCGCGCAUUUUGAGCUUUUGCAGUCAUGGACGCCCCCAUUAUCGACCCACUGCAGGGAGAUUUCCCAGAAGUGAUCGAGGAAUAUCUGGAGCAUGGGUGUAUGAAAUGUAUUGCGUUCAAUCGUCGUGGUACCCUUCUUGCUGCUGGGUGCAAUGAUGGAAGUUGCAUUAUUUGGGAUUUUGAAACCAGGGGCAUUGCUAAGGAGCUUCGGGAUUUUGAUUGUUCUUCUCCCAUCACUAGUAUAUGUUGGUCCAAGUAUGGCCAUCGAAUUCUUGUAUCUGCUGCUGAUAAGUCAUUAACGUUGUGGGAUGUUAAGAGUGGUGAGAAGAUUAAGCGAAUAGUUUUACAACAAACCCCUCUACAAGCCCGACUUCAUCCUGGUUCCUCUACUCCAUCUCUUUGCUUAGCAUGUCCUGUCUCGUGUGCUCCCAUGAUUGUUGAUUUGGAUACAGGAAACACUACUUUGCUUAAAGUUUCUGUCCCAGACAUAGGUAAUGGAUCAACUGCCCCAUCACGCAAUAAGAGCUCUGAUGGGUCUACCCCCUACAGCCCAACUGCUGCAUGUUUCAAUAAGUAUGGGAGUUUGGUUUAUGUGGGGAACUCAAAGGGGGAGAUUCUUAUAAUUGACUAUAAAGGCAAUGAAGUACGUGCCAUGGUUCCAAUCUCUGGUGGUUCAGUGGUCAAGAGCAUAGUAUUCAGCAGAAGUGGGCAGUAUCUGCUCACGAAUUCAAAUGAUAGAAUAAUCAGGGUCUAUGAGAACCUUCUUCCACUGAAAGAAGAAAUUAGGGCCCUUGAUGACCUAAAUGAGAACCUCAAUGAUCUUAGUGAUGUUGAAAAGUUGAAGGCUGUUGGAUCUAAAUGUUUAAAUUUAUUUUGUGAGUUUCAAGAUUCCAUCACAAAGGUGCACUGGAAAGCACCCUGCUUUAGUGGUGAUGGUGAAUGGGUUGUCGGUGGUUCUGCUAGCAAAGGAGAGCACAAGAUUUACAUAUGGGAUAGAGCUGGGCAUCUUGUGAAAAUUCUUGAAGGACCUAAAGAAGCCCUUAUUGAUUUAGCUUGGCAUCCUGUUCGUCCUAUUAUUGUAUCUGUUUCUCUGGCUGGCUUAGUUUACAUCUGGGCCAAAGAUUAUACUGAGAACUGGAGUGCGUUUGCUCCUGAUUUCAAAGAGCUUGAGGAAAAUGAGGAGUAUGUAGAACGAGAAGAUGAGUUUGAUUUGAUUCCUGAGACUGAGAAGGUGAAAACAUCUGACGUUAAUGAAGAUGAAGAAGUUGACAUUGUUACAGUGGAAAAAGAUGAAGCUUUCAGUGAUUCUGAUAUGUCUCAGGAAGAGCUCUGCUUCUUGCCAGCAACUCCUAGUCGUGAUGAGCAGCAGGACAAGUGCAUUGAAAGUUUUUCAAAGCUGGUGGACAGUAAUAAUUCUGGAUCCCCUCUUUCAGAAGAGCCUGGACCAAAUGGACACAUGAACCAUGCAUCGAGUCCACUUGAAGAUGAUGCAGGAGGAACACAUAUGAAAAGAAAGCGGAAACCAUCAGAGAAGGGGCUGGAAUUGCAGGCAGAAAAAGUCAAGAAACCCUCGAAAUCCAGUAAAUCUUCAAAAUCCAGAAGUAGAUCUUUUGUUGAUCAGGAUAAUGGUGACAGUUUAUAUGGUGAUGAACUUUCUGAUGAAUGACGGCAUAUUUCUUUUUUGUAAUAUCAGAAGAUGGUUCAUGAUAAUUUCUUUUUAUUAACUUCAUUUAUCCACUUGUAAUAUUUCUAUCAUAUAGGUUUCUUUGCUUGUCUAUCCCCUCCCUACUGUUCCCCUUAGUUCAGGCUGGCCUAGUAAUAGCUGGUGUGCCCAUUCCUUUAUACGGUUGCUGUCUAUGGGAGGGAAUUAUCACCAGAUAGGUUUGAGCCCAUCAAAUUACAAGUUGGACUCAUGAAGUAGUAGAUAUGCAAUUUCUGUCACUUCAGUUGACUGAAUUAUGGCCUAA